AUGAAAACCUUGAGUUGGAACUGCCGAGGGCUUGGGAACCGUUGGACAGUUCAAGACCUUUGCCAUUUGGUAGAGGACAAGUUGCCCAAUGUCGUGUUCCUAAUGGAGACCAAAACUGAGGAAGGUAGUCAUAAUUCUGCAGCCAUAAAGGCUUUACAAAGGGAGAUUGGAGGUUUGCUUGAGAAAGAAGAUGUGAAGUGGAAGCAAAGGGCUAAGGUUAAUUGGUACCAAUUAGGGGAUAAGAAUACCAAGUUUUUUCAUAGUUGUGCAAAUGAGAGGAGGAAGAACAACAUAAUUCAAAUGAUUGUAGAUGAACAGAAUAGAGAGUACACGAGUCAAGAAGGCUUGGAAGGGGUCUUUAAAAUUUUUUUUGAUAAACUCUUUGCCUCUUCAGAUCUGAGGAGUUGUGACAUUGAGGAAUGCUUGAAUAGCCUAAAGCCUUGUGUGACUAAUAGCAUGAAUGACCAGCUAUUCAAAGCCUUUACCAGAGAAGAAAUCAAAGUAGCUGUUAAAAACAUGGCGCCUCUCAAGUCCCCAGGACCCGACGAGUUUGGAGCAUUUUUUUCCAAAAACAUUGGAACUCUAUUGGUGAGGAAGUCAGUAGCAAUGUGCUGA